AAGCGAAAGGAGCAAGACUGCAUGCACUUUCCGACUCCAGUGCGCGCCCACGAUAUAUGCCACGAUCAUGGUGCAGUCACCAUCUGUCAUUUUUGCUUGCAUUACCUGCAUUUGUGCGCUGCGGUGUAUUGGUCAAGCAUACCAAGGCGAAGCUCCCACUGAAAAUCACCACAAUGAAGGUAGCGUCAAGCUGUGGGCGCUUUUGGUGGCUGGUUCAAGUGGUUAUUACAAUUACAGGCACCAGGCCGAUGUGUGCCACGCUUACCACCUGCUGCGAAACCACGGCAUCCCAGACAACCGUAUCGUGGUGAUGAUGUAUGACGACAUAGCCUACGCCGAGGAAAACCCGACGCCUGGCGUCGUCGUGAAUCACAUCAACGGUUCCAACCUGUAUCCGGGAAUGGUGAAGGACUACACAGGCGAUUUGGUUACCCCGGCUAACUUUCUAGACGUUCUACAGGGCCGGAGACCACGCGGCGGAGGCACGGGAAAGGUGAUUGCUAGCGGGCCACAAGACCACAUAUUCGUAUACUUCACUGAUCACGGUGCUCCAGGCUUGAUCGCGUUCCCAAACGAUGUCUUAUAUGCUAAGAACCUGAGUGAAGCCAUCAGGUCGAUGCACAAUAAGGGUCGGUUUGGCAGGAUGGUGAUCUACGUCGAAGCAUGUGAAUCGGGCUCCAUGUUUGCCGACGGCAUGCUUGCGAACAACGUCAGCGUCUAUGCCACGACAGCGGCCAACCCUGACGAGUCUUCGUACGCCUGCUAUUGGGACCCAAUCCGUGAAACAUACCUGGGCGACGUAUACAGCGUAAAAUGGAUGGAAGACUCGGACAGAGAAAACUUGAGGAAGGAGACCUUGAUAGGUCAGUUCAAUAUUGUCAGGAGGGAGACGAACACAAGCCAUGUAGAGGAGUACGGAGAUCUUCGCAUUGGCGCCAUGACUGUUAGCCAAUUUCAAGGUGGAAAAAUGGCAGAGCCUGUCGUCUUACCGAUCGUGCCAUUGGAUGCAGUUGACAGUCGCGACGUGCCAGUAGCCAUUCUGAGAAGGAAGAUAGAAGCAGCUACUGAUCAACGUUCAAAGCAAGCCCUUGAGAGUAAGUUGGAGAACAUUUUGGCUAAUAGGUCCUUUGUUAAAGAAAAGGUGAGUGAGAUAGCCCACCUGCUUACCUACGGAAACGCAGAACAAGCGAAUAACUUGCUUACUGCAAAGAAACGCAUAUCAGACUUUCAGUGCUACGAGAAAGCGGUCGAUAGCUUCCGCAGAAAGUGCUUCGAUCUUCCCGCCAGUCCAUACGCACUGGGCCAACUGCAAGUUCUUGUGAACGCAUGCGAUGCAUAUGAAGCCAGUGAAAUUAAGGCAGCCAUCAGCGCCGUGUGCAGGUUUCCCGCAGUGAAAGGUAUUGUGUAAGCAGGUUGCGCAUCUGGCAUUUGAACACACUGAAAAAAUAAAAAAAGAAAGCGUG